AUGUGUGAUGCAGAAAAAACAACAAUUUCUAAGCCUUUUCGAUUCGUAGUGGUGCGGAAACAACUAAAGCAAAAUGAAGAUAGAGUUGUGUGCAUUUAGCGGGUAUAAAAUUUAUCCCGGACAUGGAAAACGAAUGGUUAAAACUGAUGGCAAAGUAUUUCAGUUUCUUAAUGGUAAAUGCGAAGCAUCCCACAUGAUGAAGCGUAAUCCAAGGAAGAUUACUUGGACUGUGUUGUAUCGUAGGAAGCACAAAAAGGGUAUUGAAGAAGAAACCAGCAAGAAGAGGACUCGUCGUGCUGCCAAAUUCCAGAGAGCAAUUGUGGGUGCUAGCUUGAGUGACAUAAUGGCUAAAAGGAAUAUGAAACCUGAAGUCAGAAAAGCACAGAGAGAUCAAGCUAUCAGGGCGGCAAAAGAAAAACAGAGAGCAGCAAAAGCUCAGAAGAAAGCUGCUGCUGUUCCUUCAAAGGUACAGAAAGUUGCUCAGAAACAGAAAGCUGCUAAACCAAUACAAACAAAAGCUCCUCGUGUUGGUGGAAAGCGAUAGAGUUGUAAAAAUUCCUGUUUAAUAAAUUAUCUGUAAAAAUGCA